AAACUUUUCCUACGGCUCUGGGCGUGUCGCAGCGGUAGCUGGAGAGGAAGCGCUCCGCCGCCCUCCCGCGCGCCCGCCCGCCGCGUCCUCCGCUGCUUCUCCGGCCGGAGCCCGGCGCCCAGUCGCCCCGUCGCGCUCUGCCCCGAGGGCAUGCGGCAGCCGCAGGGGCCCCCGCUCCCGGGCUUGGCGGCGCGGGUGAACGUGAGCGGAUGUUCACUUCUUCUCCACAAUGAAUGAGUGUCACUAUGAUAAGCACAUGGACUUUUUUUAUAAUAGGAGCAACACUGAUACUGUCGAUGACUGGACAGGAACAAAGCUUGUGAUUGUUUUGUGUGUUGGGACGUUUUUCUGCCUGUUUAUUUUUUUUUCUAAUUCUCUGGUCAUCGCGGCAGUGAUCAAAAACAGAAAGUUUCAUUUCCCCUUCUACUACCUGUUGGCUAAUUUAGCUGCUGCCGAUUUCUUCGCUGGAAUUGCCUAUGUAUUCCUGAUGUUUAACACAGGCCCAGUUUCAAAAACUUUGACUGUCAACCGCUGGUUUCUCCGCCAGGGGCUUCUGGACACUAGCUUGACUGCUUCCCUCACCAACUUGCUGGUUAUUGCCGUGGAGAGGCACAUGUCAAUCAUGAGGAUGCGGGUCCAUAGCAACCUGACCAAAAAGAGGGUGACGCUGCUCAUUUUGCUUGUCUGGGCCAUCGCCAUUUUUAUGGGGGCGGUCCCCACACUGGGCUGGAAUUGCCUCUGCAACAUCUCUGCCUGCUCUUCCCUGGCCCCCAUUUACAGCAGGAGUUACCUUGUUUUCUGGACAGUGUCCAACCUCAUGGCCUUCUUCAUCAUGGUUGUGGUGUACCUGCGGAUCUACAUGUACGUCAAGAGGAAAACCAACGUCUUGUCUCCUCAUACAAGUGGGUCCAUCAGCCGCCGGAGGACACCCAUGAAGCUAAUGAAGACGGUGAUGACUGUCUUAGGGGCGUUUGUGGUAUGCUGGACCCCAGGCCUGGUGGUUCUGCUCCUCGACGGCCUGAACUGCAGGCAGUGUGGCGUGCAGCACGUGAAAAGGUGGUUCCUGCUGCUGGCACUGCUCAACUCCAUCAUGAACCCCAUCAUCUACUCCUACAAGGACGAGGACAUGUAUGGCACCAUGAAGAAGAUGAUCUGCUGCUUCUCUCAGGAGAACCCAGAGAGGCGUCCCUCUCGCAUCCCCUCCGCAGUCCUCAGCAGGAGUGACACAGGCAGCCAGUACAUAGAGGAUAGUAUUAGCCAAGGUGCAGUCUGCAAUAAAAGCAGUUCCUAAACUCCGGAUGCCUCUCGGCCCACCCAGGCCUCCUCUGGGAAAAGAGCUGUUAAGAAUGGUUACCUGUCUCUAACAAAGCCCAUGUGCAGUGUUAUUUGAGGUCUCCACUAAUCACUGCUAGAUUUCUUUA